CGUACGAAAGUAUGGUUUCGAAUGAGUUCGAAAAUGCCAUUCUUGUUUACGUACAAAGGCCAUACGAAUCCAUUCGUAUCGCAUACGAAUGCGAUACGUAUACGAAAAAGGUGGAUGUCUAUGCAAAAAAGGUUGAUGUCUAGACUUAAGGGUUAGAAAAAGUUUAAACGUCAGGAGAGAAAUGUCAAGUGUGUCAAGCCGAUUGAGCGAGGCUUCUGACGGCAAACAGUUUUUCACUGAAUGAAAAUUAAAUAUAUUUUUUAUUAUAAUUUGCAUCAUAAAAAUACUUUGUUCUUGAAAAUAUCGUCGGUAAACGUAAGCAUAAAACACAAGAAAAUUCCGGCUACUCAAAAUUACCUUUCCAGAAAUGAAAUUUGCAAGCGAAAUAUGAAAAUGGAACCAAAUUUGGUGCAAAAACAUAAGAUCGUCAUGGGCCUGCGUGAAGCAAUAAAACUUAAACUAUUUACAUUUUUUGUGCAGUUUGGGUUGUGUUUUGAAGUAAGUUGAUUCUGUUUAAUUCUAGUAAAUAUUUGUAAUAAUUAGACGUGUGGUCAGGUGAGAGCCGAUAGACUAAAACUGUGAUUCGGCAGGAGUGAUAGUUUUUUCUCAUAUAGGGGACUGAUAAGCAUGGUUGAUAAAAAAAUCAUCCUGGUCUACAAGCGGCCUGAAGAGCAGAACCUACAGUCGACGACGUUCUUCAUCUACAUUCAGGUCCCGAUCGCAAUCUCGACGUCGCACAACGUGUGACUUAAGACCCAACAGCAGUGAUGGGCUCUGGCUACAUCUGGAAUUGAUUACGAAAAUUAAAGUUUGGUCCUCAAUGGAUAAAGAUAUGACUCGUUUCGAUCGGGAGGCAGCCACCAAUCUCAUAGAACGCAACGCAGUGAUGCUGGAAGAAGCCAAGGACACCAUUACGGCGCCGGCCUCGUUUAUGAUACGAAUGCUGGCGUGUAUUCAUUCGCUACGGAAUCGCCGCAGUGCGACCCAAGCCGCUGCGGCAGGCAAUGAUAGUGAAAGUGAUAAUGCCCCACGGGAGGGCAACAAUAACAAUGACGAUAUGACGGCGGCGACCUAUCCCAGAACCGACUCGUCGUCCGACGGUAGAUCGCCGAAACACUAUCUUCAGUUUUAGGUUAAGAACGGGAAAUGUGUUAUUACACACGCUUGAGGAGCCUCUAAUUUUUAAAACUGCCUCGCCCUCGCAACUCCUUAGGGGAAAGUGAAAUCUAAACUGAUUCGCUUAUAUAAUGGUUUGUGUAUUAACAUUUCAGGCGACAGCGUAGGCAAGAAUGAUGUGAUUUUGUUGUAUAAAUAUUUUUAUAAAUAAAAACCAAUAAUAGCCAAAUGUAACUAGUGUUAAGUUUUAGCAAUUUCAUGUCUUGCGUAAAUUUGGGUUCCAUUAAGCUCUCUUUAGAUUUUAUUUCAUAUUGUAUGAGAAUUGUUGGACUUCAAAUGGUGAGUUGACAACCUCGAAGGAGCGGAAGCUGUGGGCCUCAUAAGUUUUUGUUGUCAAUACGACAACAGCUAAGUGCGAGGACGCUACGCGAUCACUUGAGCGUUAACCAUAUUUCAGCGACAGAAGAAAUGCUUCGACAACCCGAGCGGCUGUUCAAUAAGAUAGUGCGACUCAAAACAGCAUCUGUUCCCCUUGUUAAGGGUGGCUGAUCCAGUGUGAAACACGGGAUUGGUGAAAGCUUUACGUGCAGUAGUCGUAAAAAUCUUUUGUACAGGAAGCAACAAAUGUAAAUACAGACCGGAACCGGAACGAAAAUGGACUAACGAUUGGAAACUCGGAUCUGUUGGGCAAAUCAGACAUUGUACAACAAGUAAAACCGCGAUUUAUCGUGAGCAAUGUGUUAGUUAGACUUAGUUUAAUUGCACAUGUAAUAAAAAAUGACAAAAUAUAGAAGGGAUUGUAUCAGCAGGCAUCAGACAAUUUUUGGGAUAGACGGUGUUGGUUUGCUCUCAAGGUAGACCGGAAUAGGGCCCUAUUACAGAAGUUUAAUCGAUUCGACUCGCCCAUGUAUUUCAAAUGAGGCAUGUUGCUCUUCGAAGCUUCUGUAAUACAGCCCAAUGUGAGAAUUUUCGUCAUGUACUUUGUGAGUAGAAGAUGAUGAAAAAUAAAAUACAUAGUUGUUAAACCCUUUUA